AUGGAGGGGACGCGCCAUAGGUCUAGCUCGUCUUCCGCAGGGAAGAGCGAGUCGCAGAAUCGUGACUUGGACGAUGUGGAGCUAGGGCAAAUGCGAGACUCGUCGGGACAGUUGGGCGAAGAACACGUGCGACUGACGAGGAAGGACACGACCGAUGAUUUGGGAAAUGGAGGCGCAACGACGGCCCACGGGACGCUGGACGUCUUGGACGACGUCAGUGAUUACUCGUCGCAUGCUCUGGAAAGGGCGCCGUGGCGAAGGGGACUUCUUGGCCGGAUGCGGGACCGCAUGGACGCGUUUAUGACCGAUAUUUUCAGGAGUGAAACGGACUUUCACACCGCGUACACGAAUGCAAAGACACGGAUUGGCGGGCUGGCGAGCUCGACUACGUCGCGGAGUGAAACGACAGAUGGAGUCAGCGCGACUCAGUACCUUCACUUCUUUCCUCUCCGCUUCAGAGACGGGGGCCUCGAGACGGAAUAUGGACAAGUGUGUGGCCAGCUGUUUAUUGGCCGUGACUUCCUUGUCCUUUGCUUCACCAUUCUCUUCAUCAUCCCGACGACUUGGUAUCUUGCUGACUACAGCUUUAGUGCCAUCGACCUUCGAGAACACUCGUACGGCGCCUGGAUCGCUUUCCACACCGCCUGCGGCGUCGACCUCUUGGUUGGGCUUAUCUCACUCAUCUGCCUGAUCUUCCCGCAAGUCUGUCCCAUUCUGCACAACCACUACGAGAGUUUCUCCUACGUCAUUGUCUUCCUGUGGAUGUCUGUUUUGAUGAUUGUCAUGGCAACAUUUCCACAUCUGGUGGUUGUUCCGGAUCCCAUGGAGCUUCUGUUCAAUUACAACGACGCCGAACUGGAGACCGAGAUCAUGAAGCUCGCGCCGGUCUGUCGCUUGAUUCAAGGGAACGAAGGCCUCUACGAGUACACGGAAUCCCUCAAACACAAUCCGGACCACAUCGGCUCCGCGAUGGCGACGUGCAUCGCAGAGCAAUCGUGCGUCUCCGGAGCUAUGGAGAUUGUCUCUAUGUCUGCUUCGAACUGCGCUCAACAGCUCAAGAUGCUCGCGGGACAACCCGACUUGACGACGCUUGCCGAGGCCCUGUGGCUUCCGUUUGCGACUUACUUGGGCUACGUCAAGCAGAUGCUGCAAGUUUUCAAGGUCCCGAUUGUUGCCCUUGCCGUCAUCAUCAUUCACUUUGGGACGGGCAUGAUGUUCAUGGACACCCUGUCUCCUUCCAGGACCAAAUUCACCCUUGCGCUCCACAUCGUCGUCGUCCCCAUUUGCGCGCUCCCCUUCAUUCUCCUGCAGUCGAAGUACCCUUUCAUCGUCCCAGUCCAAGAAGCGGCCCUCUUCCUGCUUGCGUUCACGUUCGUGGCAGCCGCUGGGUACUUUGGACGAUAUGCCCAAGAAUUUCAACAUCGACUUCUCUUCUGUUCAUGGCGCGUGACCAGCAAGAAACUGACGGAUUUGAAUACGAAAAUAAAGAACCAGAAGAAGCAGAAAAAGAGCUCGACUGCUGUUGAGGAAUUGAUCACGCAAGUCAAGGAGUGCCAAACUUUGUGCGGCAUAGCGCGAAACCGGGGCCGUCGCGCAGACGUGAUGGAGGAGUUGAUCCAGAUGGAGAAACUUCUUGAAAAGAUUCUUGAAAUUCUGACGCAAACGGACAACCUCUACUCCGUCCACUUCGCCGACACGAAUGAGGUCCAUAGGCAGUUCAUCGAGCUGUACAACAAACCGGAGAACUUGGCGCGGGAGUUGCCGCAUCGCGCAGCGAGCCGCAGUGCGCAGAAACGCCUGACUUCAGGACGCCCAGAGUCGAUCGCCUCCUCAGGGCCCUCGCGACGCAUGCAGUCCAGCGGUCUGCAGCUGGGCAGCAACAUGAGCAUGGCCACGGAAGGCGUCGGCAGCGGACCGAAGAGUAGCAACUCCAGUCCCGUGAUCGGCUUUGAGUUUGGCUCUGGGUUCGAGCAGAUGAACAGCGUUGUGGGCGACAGCGGUGUGACCGGGACGUUCAAGAACCUGCCGAUGCCCGAACACACUGCCUCGCUCUUGACGUGCGUUGGGAUCGACUGGGACUUCGACAUGUUGCAUCUGAACUCGCGGACGGAGAACAUCAUCGUCGAGGUCGGCUACGCCUUGCUCUGUCGUUUGGCGACCGACUUGGGGUGUGAAGAAGUGCGCCUGAUUCGCUUCCUCUACGCCAUCCAAAUGCAGUAUCGCGACAACCCGUACCACAACAGAAUCCACGGCGCCGAAGUCGCUCACCUCACGGAGUGCCUCACGCGCAUGCUCAACGCCCAAAGGAACAUGAACUCAAUCGACAAGGUGACCCUCACAGUGGCGGCGAUCUGCCAUGAUGUCGGCCAUCCAGGCAGAAACAACCAGUUCUUCAUCAACGCCUUCGAUCCUCUCGCGGUAAUCUACAACGACGUCGCUGUCCUCGAGAACUUCCACAGCUGCUUGACAUUCCGAACACUCGAAAACCGAGACUGCAACAUCUUUGCCUGCAUCGAUGAAAGCAGCUUCCGAUAUAUUCGCCAAUACGUUAUUGAGUGUAUUCUCGCGACCGACAUGAAGCAACAUUUCGAGAGUCUGUCACGUUUCCGAAUCCGGCGAAGCUCUCCUGAGUUCAACUACGUUAAAAAUGUGGAAGACAGGUGGCUCGUCGCGAGGAUGUGUGUGAAGGUCGCGGAUAUUGGACACAACAUGCCGCUAUCGCCUCUCUGCGAUCGCGAGAAGCAUGCGGACAUGGCCAAGUCUCAGGGCGGCUUUCUGGAGUUUGUCGUCAAGCCUCUGAUCAAAGAAAUCGAGGAAAUCGAUCCGUUUGGUCGCGUCCGAGCGGAGAUUUUGUCGAACAUUGAGGCGAAUCAGCAGCAGUGGCAGGAGCUUCACGAGGCGGGGACGGAGAUUGAAUUGGUGCGGCACACGUGCCCAGACGCUGCGGAACAGAACACGGUGACGACGUACGCAGUGCGCAAAAUCGCGGGUCUGGGCCUCCAGCAGUCGAAGGGCAUGAAGCCGAGCUCCUCUUUCUUCGUGCCGGAGACGGGGGCGCAACGGGGGAACAGCCAAAUGAUGUUGCACACGAUCACCUCGACGCCGGACGUGAUUCGCAAGCACUUGGAGACGCCGAAGGACGGCGAGACGGAGGACUCACAGCCCCAGGCUGCUUCGGCUGCGGGUCCCGGAUCAAGAAGGACGAGUCGAGAAGAAGCGUCUCGGGGCGCGAGCGCAGAGGACCGGGAUCUUCCGCGCGUCCGAAGAACCCAGGGCAGUCGAGGGUUAGCCUCGCUCGACAGCGAACGAGUGAAGGAGCACGUGAGUUUUGCAGACAGCGUCGAGUCGCUCGGCCGCCGCGGAAACCGCGACGCAACCGCCUCAACCGACGGCUCCAGACGCCUCGACACCGGCCUCAGUCUCGCCUUCACGGCUUCCGACUCUGGCGCGGUCCUCGACCCUUCCUCGAUGUCUCUGGACGACAGUGCGCCCCAAGACAGAGACCAGAGAGGAGAGACACGCCCGUCGAGCACUGGGGGCAGACGAACGCGCGAGAAGAUCAGCUUCGAGGACUCGUCGCCGUCCUCGAAAGGCUUUGGAUCGUCCCAGGGUUUGCGCGUCACGUUUGGCGAUUUGUCGGAGGACAGCGAGAGCGGGGACCGGCCCUCGGACGACGCCAUCUCCGUCGACUCUCAGCCGAAAGUCUCCGAGUCUUCGGAGAGCUCGCAGCCUGAGCCCGAUAAUGGGCGAUCCUCCCCGCCGCGGCUCUUCGAGACCGCUGUGACGAUGAAGCGUGACGAAGGUUCGGCGUCUCGGAAGAAGUAG